AUGAAAGCUUCUGAGGAUGAAACAACUGUAGUCACUGUAGAAGAAGGGCCAAAACGGAUUUUUGAAACAGAAGAAUCGCAGAUGGUCACCCGUUACUUUGGAUUUGCUUGGCUUGCAGAUAUGGAUGAAUUUACAACUGGCACUCAAAAUUUAAAACCGAUUGUUUUGCAUGAUAAAGCUCUUCCUGAUGCAACCAAUAUGGAUAUCACUGUUGUCAACGUCUUAACCGCUAUCCGUGCUGAUGGCCUUUUCCGGCCUGUUCUUCUUACUACGUGA